AUGAAUUUACUUACAGACUAUAGCGCCGCUGACAAUAUACCAAGGGCGUAGUUCCCCACGCUAUGUGCGUUGCCUGGGCUUUGUUUGUAGUUUGCUAAGUUCAGUUUUUAGCUAGGGAGUUUGAGUCUGUAGGAAGCAAUAGCUUUGGUUUGUCGCCGGAUAGAUCCUCGCACGUAAAUCGUGGUUUACGAGAAUACAAGGACCGGAGUCUGGACGCAUACAAGUUGUUGCACUGUGGUUGGCUGUUGCCUCUGCCCUUAUGGCAGAGGGUAUGCCUGUCACUGCUUGUCUCUUAGAGAUGGCUUUAAUAUUCUGAAUAAGAAAUGGCAUGCAAAAAUAAGGCAAGAAGAGAGAGAGAUUGGUGGUGGAAAUGAAGAAAUUAGAGGAGUUGAAAAGCUGUUAGAGGAGUUAGUGGAAAUGGAGACGGAGUCUGAGAAGAUAGUAGAGUAGGAGAAUGAGGCAAGGAAAUUAGUGGAAGGGGAGAAAAAAAAGACAAUGGAGAUGUGGGAAAGAGCCAUGGAGAAGUUAAACGUGACCAAAAAGAGGCACGGCGAAACAGAAAAGAGUGAGGGGAAGAGGAGAAAAAAACAAGACGAUCAGGGGGAGAAGCAAUAG